UACUAAGCACUGCAUUUUAAUGACAAAUCAUUCGGGUACCCAGUGGUUUUCUUGCGAUUGCUGGUGUGCGCUCUAUGAAAUCCUCGUCUUUUGACAUUGCUCCUAUUCGUACACCAUCGCCAUUUUCCUGAGAAUUUCAUCCUUCAGCAGCCGCAACAGUACCGCUGCUCUGACGCCACUGAGGGGGUUUGGAAAGCGUCAUUGCCAUCCAGGUGAAUCGUUUGUUGGACAUAUCUUAGAAUUGUUCCAAGGAGACAAGACGGUCCGGAGCGAGUCUCCUCACUGACGCGGUCGGGGGCGAGCCUCCUGCCGCAUCACAACGCCUGGAGGUCGGCUUGUGAGAAAGAUAGGGAGCACCGGACUUCCAGCGGGGAGACCGACGAAUCAGCUGAGUGUGGCCGUUUAAAGCGCCACCUUUUCGGCGGCAGAGGUGCUACCCCAUACGUGGAUUUCAGGGGAAAUGGAGGAAAAAUUUGAAGACUAUGGUGAAGGGAAGGAUGUAGAUUAUUCUGCAAGCAGUCCAAGGCUUGAAAACGACCCCCAAGCCGAAUGCUUCUCCAAUUUGGGAUCCUCCCUUCCACCGAGUGGGGGACACACGACUCAGAAAAUGCGACAACUGUAUACCAGUGAAUACUUGGAUAUUAACUGUUCUCAGUGCUGCAAGAAAGUGAAUCUGCUCAAUGAUUUGGAUGCUCGCCUUCGAAACAUUAAAGCGAGCAGCCCCAGCAGAAGUAUAUCCAGCACAGCUUUCGGACACCAACUGUUUCAGGCCAACCACAACGUGCUUGAUUCCAGUCAGGGAAGCAGCACUGAGGAUUUAUUCGCAGAGAGCAUUGCUUCCUGUGAACUUAAUAUUACAGAGAAGGUGAGUUACCUUGAGAAGAAGGUGACAGAGCUGGAGAGCGACAGUCUGACGAAUGGGGAACUUAAGUCUAAACUUAAACAGGAAAACACGCAACUUGUCCAUCGUGUGCAUGAACUAGAGGAGCAGAUGAAGGAUGUCGAGACAAACGCAGAUCAGAGUCUGGAAGAGGAGACCAAGAGACACUGCAAAGUUUACUGCAAGAUGGAGAGUGAAAGAAACGUAGAGAUAAACUUUCUGUGCAACAGGAUACAACAGUUAGAAGAAGAGAAUGGAGAAAUGAAGACAAAUGUACACAGGCUCAAGUCUCAGGCAGAGAAACUGGACCAGGAGAAGCAGAAGAAGAUGGACAAGCUGGACGACGCAAGCCUGAGGUUAAAAGACGAGACGGACCUCUAUCGAAAGAUAAUAGACAAACUUUGGCACAAUCGGCGAGAAUUUCAUAAGGAAAAGGAGGCCAUGCAAGAAUUGGUUGAUGAUCUCCGCAGAGAACUGGACUACUUGCAGCUGUUUAGGAUGGAAAUGGAGUAUCCAGGAAAGAGCAAGGGCCUUUCUGAGCACAAUACCAAGCCUCGAGAGAUGGAAAUGGAACAGGAAGUCAAAAAAUUGAAACAGGAGAACUAUAAAUUGCGAGAUCAGAAUGAUGACUUGAAUGCUCAGAUUCUAAGUCUGAGUUUGUAUGAGGCCAAGAGCUUGUUUUCCAACCACUCAAAGGUCCAGUGUCUGGCUGCUGAGAUCGACAAUGCUUCACGGGAUGAGCUGGUUGAUGCUUUGAAAUCACAGGAGGAGAACAACCUGCGUUUGAGAAAAUACAUGGACAAAAUCAUUUUGGCCAUUCUUGACCAUAACCCCUCAAUCCUGGAGAUUAAAUGUUAAACAAAACAUUAUAAAGCCUCAGUAACUAUGAUGUUUAAACAGAUCUAGCGGUACAGUAUGUGUUCAUUAAGAAAGUCAAUUAUUUUAUUGUGUUGUAACGAGGAAAGGACAAAAAUGUUGCUGUUGAAAAGCAAGAUCUUAUUAUUUACCACUGUCUUUGUGAAACACUGUAUCAUAAUGACAAAAAUGUUUUCAUCCAUAGGCAAGCAAUCUGUCAAUCAUGGUGGUGGGUGAAAUUCAUCCGUUCCAAUAUGGCGGUAGAGAGGGGGAUUAUUUUGCCUAAUAUAAGACAAGAGACAAAAAUGGGGACACAAGAUAUUGACCAAACUUUACAUUAUUGCUCCCUUUCCCCCAGCAAGACCUCCGGAAGUACACUUGAAAUAUUGUGCGGAUCAAAUUAGCUCUGUUUUGAAAUUUGAUGAAAAUAAAUGUACACUAAAUAUCA